GAGAAGCAAAGAUUGAGUUUGUAACUAAGAUUGAAUUAUAAGGAAAUACAUCAGAAAUAUCAGAGAGAAAAAUGUAAGUGACAAGACCAUUUUCUAUGUACAAGAGGAACCCUGAGGUUCUUUCAGAUCCUCCAUUAGGACCAAAUUCAGGUUAUCUUGUAAUAUGGGAUGAACCAACAUCUUACAGUUGUUUCGGAUUAUGUGAAGACCCAGAAAUCAAGAAUCUUCCUUUUCCUCAGGACAAGAAAUUAAUCAUCACAGACACAUACACCAGCCAUGCAGCUCAACAAAGUAACCCUCCCAACCAAACCAUCGCAUACUGGGAAAAGGUCUUGUUCAUCCCAGUAUUGAAUCAGCCACUGUCUUCAAACCGCUACUACGCCAUAAGAAGGGACGGGAAUUAUCAAGGCGAAGCAAGCACAAGUUCAAAGGAAGGAGAAAAAGCUACUUGUUUCUGUUUCCGCUUUGUCAAAGAUGUUGAACCAAGACCUUUGGUUCCCUCUGAUGAUUAUCAGAAGGUUGAAAUAACCAAUAAGCAUAACGGUUUUCAUGCAAAGUCUGUUGCCCCAGAUGGAAUUCCUCCUGACUUCUUGAGGAGUAAAGGUUGGCGUGUAAAGGCUAGCACUCCCCGCAAUUACCAUUUGGAUGAAGCUUUAGGCUCGAAUGACUCUUUACGCUCCAAGCUUCCAGAUUUCAACUUCCCAUUGUCUAAUGGUAGUUCUGAAUCGGUGGUAGUUGGAAAGUGGUACUGCCCUUUUAUGUUUUUGAAGGAAAGAAUGAGACUGAAUGAGCAGAUGGAAAGGUCAUUGUUCUAUGAGGUCACACUAGAGCAAAGAUGGGAAAAAAUAUUUUCAAAGGAAGUUGCAAACAGUGAAGAUAGUGUGCUUGUUGAAGUUGUCAUUCAGACAGAAGUUGUGAAGGUUGCAGGAAGGGAUGCUGUUUGGGAUGAAAGUGGGGUGGUUGAGAAGGUGCUGUGGUUUAAGAGUGUUGAUGAAACUGGAAGAGAGAUGAGUGUUGGACUGAGUUUGGAAGUGGUGGAGAGAAUGAAAUGGGAGCAGAAAAGAGUUGGGUGGAAAGCAAGUAAUGGAAGGCAAGAGAGAAUGAUGAGAGUAGAGGAGUUUAGAGGAAUGAACAAGUGGGAGAAAUUUGGUUGUUAUAUGCUGGUAGAGAGUUUUGUUUUUAAGAGAAUGGAUGGAAGUUUGGUGCUGACUUAUGAUUUCAGGCAUCCACAUCAAAUUAUGUGCAAAUGGGAAUGAGAGUUAUUACAAUCUAGUUACUAUGUGAUUGUUUUGGAAUGCAGAGCUAGAACAAGGGGAAAUAGUUCACCUUCCCAUAUGCUUUGAAGAUAUUAUUUCUUUGCCUUAUAUGUAUGCUU